AUGUCUUCCUCAAUCUCGAUAGAAUCCGGUAUCCCUAUCGUGAACUUUGCAGGCUGGAACGAUGAGCAUCGGCGUCGGCAGAUAGCCCAAGAUCUUGUCAUCGCAUGUCAUGAUGUUGGGUUCGUGUACAUCAUCAAUCAUGGCAUCCCAGAGGCGGUCAUGGACGAAGCUUUCGACUGGACCAAGAAGUUAUUUGACCUGCCUCACGACCAGAAAAUGCUUGCACCACAUGCUCCUGGGCCGGAUGUGCAUCGAGGAUACUCAUAUCCGGGUCUCGAAAAAGUGUCUCAAGUGUAUGGAAGAGAUGCAGAUGAUGAGAAUAUCAGCAAAGCUUUGAGAGAAGUCAAGGACUGCAAAGAAAGCUACGAGAUCGGGAGCGAAAACAACGCUUUCAUGCCAAAUGUAUGGCUUCCUGAAGACACUCUCCCUGGCUUCGGCGAGUUCGGCUUGUCCUUCUACUGGAGAUGCAAUGCAGUGGCUCAAACGAUUCUCACUGCCUUAGCCAUAGGAUUGGAGCUUGACAGCGCAGACGCGUUGACAAAGGUGCACUCUGGUAAUUACAAUCAGUUGCGUCUACUCCAUUAUCCGGCCAUCAGAGCGGAAGAGCUAGAGAAACAGACGUCGGCAAGAAUGCCAGCUCACACAGAUUGGGGCUCCAUCACACUCCUCUUUCAAGAUGACUGCGGUGGUCUCCAAGUUGAGGACCCAAACGAGAAGGGCAAAUUCACUGAUGCUACACCAAUCAAGAACGGGCUCAUGAUGAAUGUAGGAGAUAUGCUGAUGAGGUGGAGCAAUGCACUAGACUACCUCAAGUCGACAUUACAUCGAGUGACACUGCCACGAUUAUCCGACAGGUUCGAGGGUGAGGAGAGGUUGACGCGAGAAAGAUAUUCAAUUCCGUAUUUCUUGACGCCAGACAUGGAUACGGUAGUGCAGUGCAUGGAUGAAUGCAAGAGUUUGACCGGACCUCCGAAGUAUGAGCCGAUCAAGGCGGGAGAGUAUCUGACGAUGAGGGCAAAGUUGCAAUACGAGUGA